AUGCUUCAGCGCCUCAAGCAGAGUAUCACAGACGAGCUUGAGCAAGUUGUGAAUGGCCAGAAGCAGACAAACGGGCCUGUGGAGAUCAUUGAGCGUAACUCACAGCUGCUCAGAACACAAACACCUGAUGUCUCUGAGAUGGAGUUCAUGAAAGACGAGUCUGCUGCCCCGGCUGGCUCAGCCACAUCGCAACCGGCGUCUGAGGAUGCGACGCCAGACGAUUCCCAUAGCAUGAUCGCUGGAAUGACGGAAGCUGAAAUUGAGGGCAAGCUGCGUAAGUUUUCUAAAUACGAGGAGAAGUAUCCCCAGCUUCUCAAAGCCUACCGCAUUGAGAAGAAAAAGGGCGAGCUAGUUAAACUGUUCGAAAAGGUGUUAUCAGAAAACACGCCUUGCCAAACAAUAUCCGAGCCUCAGCAAAUGCUUGAGUUUCUUGAUGGCUUGAAUACAAAGGCGUCGCUGCUGAAACAGGAGCUUGAGCGUGUAUCGGAUUCUCACUCGCGACUUCGCAAGCGAUCCGCCGAAACUGAAGCUGAUUUGAAAGCCCAAUUGGAAGAAGCCAAGAAAGAAAUUGAAAAUCUCGUGGUAAACGAUAGUGAAGACACCGACUUGGCUGCAAGGCUUGAGAAGGCCACUGCUGAUCUGAAGGCUGCUCAGCAGCUGUUGACUGAGCGAGAAAGUGAGUUAUCAGAUGCAAAGCAAGAACUAGAAAAGCUCCAAGAUACGCCACAAACUGACGGGUUGUCGGAGGAUUCGGAGAAGCUGCUGGAGGAGUUGAAGCUGCAAGUUGAAAAGUCAAAGUCGCAAGUCAAAGAGCUUGAAGAGGAACUUGAGAAGACAAAGGCAGAGCAUCUAACUCAAAUUGCUAAGGCCGAAGAACUUUCGAAAGCGAAAUCUCAGGAGCAAUCUGAACAACUAGAAGCUCAAACAAAAGAAAUUCAGCAAAAGGCCAACUACCUUGAAACUCAAGCGAAAGAAAUUGAACAAAAAACCAAAGACCUUGAAGCUACAGCAAAGGAGCUAGAGGAGCUCAAAGCUGAGUCCCUCAAGUAUGAAAGCAAGCUUGAAGAGUUGGAAAACUUCAAGGCCCAAUCGGAGGAGUCGAAAUCGAAAGCCAAUUCCGCCGAGUUGGAACUCGCCAAAGUAAAGGAGGAACUGUCUGCUCUGACGGUAAAGUCUAGCGAUAUCGAAAAGAAGUUCAGCGAUGAAUCUGCCAUGUUAAAGGACCUCGAAACCAAGCACAAGAGCACUCUCGAAGAGUUGGAGAGCACCGCAAAACUUCUUGAAGAAGCGAACUCUAAAGCUGCCGCUGCCGCUGCUCCUACCAUCACGUCGACUGGUGGUAAGAAAAAGAAGAAGGGAGGUGCCGUUGGUAGCUCGAACGAUAAGUUACAAUCCGAGCUCGCUGAAAAAACGGAAGCUCUGGCUUCUACAAAGGCUGAGCUCAAAGAGUUUAAAGAGCGCGAGUCCAAGUACCAGGAGCAACUGAAAGAAUUGGAGGGCCAGCUGUCUCAGUUGAGCUCUAGCGCUGAGCUUGAGCAAGCAGUUGAAGCUCGUGAGACAUUGCAGAAAGCUCUGGAUGAGCUGAAGAAGGAGAAGGAGAGUCUAGUUGAAGAACUGAGUUUGGCGAAUGCGGCUAAGGAAAAGGCGCAAAAUGAACUUCUCUCUGUUCAACAAGAAGUUCAAUCUGCUAAUGAAAAGAUUGAAACGCUCGAGAAAGAAUUGGAUCAAGCUCAAGCAGCCUCCAAAUCUGCUCAUGAAAAAGUAUCAUCACUGGAAAAGGAAGCAGAGAAUAUUGCUCAGCAACUUGAAGCUGCUAAUGAAAAGAUUGGAGCUUUGGAAGAAAAGGCCAAGUUGAAUGAGACCGAGUUAAAGGAAGCUGCAGACGCGGCCUUGGCGGCUAAGACCCAGCUUGAGGCAAUUGAAAAAAAGACCGCUAAUGGCUCGGCAGCCCACCAGGAAGCCCAGAAACGUGUCGAGGAACUUGAGGCUGAAAAGGCUCUGUAUGUCAAGAAGCAUGCAGAGUUGGAAGCUACAAUUCGCCAGCACAAGUUGCAGCUCACCAAACACAAGGACGAUUUGGUAGCCACUCAAGCCAAGCUUCAAGAGUUUGAGGUACAAAAACGUACACUCCAGGAUUUGCAAAAGAAAGUCCAGGCCCAAGCAGACCUUGAUCGUCAGUUCAAGGUUCUUGAAGGUGAAAAGACUCGCUUGGAGCGUCAAAUUGCAACCAGCGAGCGCACCCGGAGUUCGUUAGAAAAAGAGCGGGCGGACUUGCUCUCGCAAAUUCGUGGAAUGCAGAGUAAAGUCAACGAUGCUGAAGCUAUGGCGAAGGCAGCCACUGCUGCUCAAGAUGGCCUCCGCCGCCAAGUUGAUGAGCUGGGCAUGCGGGUUUCCGAAUCAGCGGCUAAAAUCGAUGUUCUUCGAGACGAGCUUGCUGAUGCGCAAAGAUUAGCCCAUGAACGACUACUUGAGACAACAAGCAUGCGUCAAAUGUUGGCUGAAAGAGCCGAUGGUCACGAUAGUGCACUCAAAGAAGCUCGGAAUUCUGUGAAGACGCUAGGAGAUGAACGGGAUCAACUUGAGCAAGAAGUUGCUGCCCUUGGACAACGGCUUGUUCGUGAAACAGAGCAGCUGAGAGCAAGGGUCAACGAUGCAAGUGCCCAGCUGGAGGCUGCUGAAAAAGAAAGAGCCCGUUACCAAGAAGAAGCCCGAGAGCUGCGUGGGAAGGUUGAUAGCCUCCAGAACCAGCUGAAUGCGGAUCAAGGGUCUUCAAAAGCAGCGCAGGAAGAGGUUUCUUCUCUACGAAGCCAGCUGGAAGCUUCCGAAUCUAACGCCCGUGAGAUUUCUCGUGCGCAUGCCCUGCUCAAGAAGGUCAGCGAAGACACCCAAUUACGACUUGAACGGUUGCAGAAGGUUCAGAGGUCUUUAAAUGACGAUCUGGAUGCUUUGAGACAAGAAAACACUCAGCUACGAGGCCGCUCGUCGUCCAUAGCCCAGGAGUCGGGUCCGACAAAGUCUUCCGAGCAAGAAGAGUACAUCAAGAACGUUAUCCUAGGCUUCCUCGAGCACAAGGACCAACGAAAACAAUUGCUCCCGGUUCUAUCAAUUCUAUUAAAGUUCAGCGGAGACGAUGAACAACGGUUUUGGUCUGCGUUCACUUAA